AUGAAUUUCGCUCUACCAAACCUUGACUACCCUUAUGAUGCACUUGAGCCUUUUGUCGAUGAGGAGACAAUGAGGACUCAUCAUACCAAGCACCACCAGGGAUAUAUCAACAGCCUUGAAAGAACAAUUCGCAAUAAUGGUCUUGAAGACCAAGACCUUAACUUCUAUGUGACAAAGAGCCGAAGAAUUAGAGGACUCAAGGAUAAUGUGAGGAGAGACUUAAUCAACUUCUCUGGAGGGCACUACAACCAUAGUCUGUUUUGGAAAAUGAUGUGCCCUCCAGGAACUAGCGAGCCCAUCAGUCCAAAACUAUUGGAAUGCAUUGAUAAGUCCUUUGGGUCUCAAGAGAAGAUGGUUGAAAAGUUCAAUGGCAUAGCGGCAUCUCUGUUUGGAUCUGGAUGGGUAUGGCUGUGUUACAGGCGGAACGAAGGAGUCCUUGUAAUAAGAAAGACCUACAACCAGGAUUCCAUAUGCAUGAAGACCUCAAGCACAAUCCCAAUUCUUGGGUUGGAUGUAUGGGAGCAUGCAUACUACCUGAAGUAUAAGAAUGCAAGAGCUGAAUAUGUAGCAAAUUGGUGGAAGGUUGUCAACUGGGGAAUGGUCAACAAGAUAUUUGAGGAAAUAGCUCUUGCGAACAAGAAGCUACAUGUUGUGUCUGAUGGAUCCAUUAAAUUUGAUUAA